UUUAAAGGUGAAUAUAAAAGUACCUUUAAAUUGUAGCUACUACAGAUGCUUUACAAGGUGAAUACAGGUGUGCACUAAGACAAUGGUUGACUUACUGAGACCUAAUUUGUAAUAUUACUCUCGUUGCAAGUCUUUAAAUUAUUUGAAAACCCUUUGUAUGGAAAUAUUUUUUACUCAUCAAUCUGUAAUCAAGUAUUUUGUGGGUGAAGGAAAAAACAAAUUAUGAUUAAUAUGUUACUUAGCAUAUAUUUUUGACUUUGAAACAUUUCUCAUUUGCUAUCAUCAGGUCACCCUUGGACCACAGAGGUCAAAUACUCCAGAGGACAGUUUCACUUUGCUCAGGUGUACCCCAAGUCAUCAUGCAGCCGGACUGCUUCCCCCUUGUUCUGAGGAGUUACCCAAUGAUGAGACAAGUAAGGAAACUGAAGAUGAAGAAACCUUUUUUCUCUUGAAGGAACAUGCUAUAACUCCACCAGUGAAGACAUUCCCUGCUUCUGUGGUUGAAACCUUAAUGAGGAAGAAGCUCCAACUGACCUUGUUUGAGCCUGGAAGGUGUCACAUAACAGCUUUCACCACUGAGAAGAAAGUAAGGAAUUUGAGUUUCUGUGAGACAAAUACUAAUCUUUGGUCUGAUGGCCUUUGCAUUGCUGCAAAAGGAGGAUUUUAUGACAGAGCUACUGAACUUCUUCAUGGAAUGUUGCCUUCCACUGUUGCUGAAAUUUUUACAACAUCUCUAGAAGAAUGCAACAUGGAGAAACAUUGGGGAAACAAGCAAAUUCUGCCAAGAAGUGUAAGUGAAAACAAAUGUCUGGAUAAAGAUGUUGAUGAUGAAAACUAUCACCAAAAAAUAUUUACAGGGAGAGCUGAAAGAGAAGAAAUACAGAAUGACAAAGCCCAACAACAACAGGUGACCUGUAAUCUUGAGGAAAGUUCUAAAGUUUCCUACAAAAAUGAAUUAUUCAGUCCUGGGAAACAAGGAGUGGAAGCCAGAGAGAGUCUCCAUAGCAUGCAGGGUGCCCAGAGUUUAUCUGUUGAUUUUAAAGACUUUAAAAAGUGUUUUGAAGGGAGUCCUGAACGAAUGGAGAAAGAAGAAAAUAUUUCAGAAAACUGCAUCCCUGAUGUGAAUAGUGGAUGUAAUGGAGAAGACAUAACUGAAAUGGAAGAGAAAGGAAGGCAGGCUCAGAAACCAAGUCACCAAACAAGCCCCUCCAGCAAUAUUGGCCUGAAAAAAAGGAAAGACCAGACCUUGAAACUAUGUAAACCAAAUAAGAAUUUCUCGUGUCAAAAAAUAGCUGCUAAAAAUGUGCAGCAUGAAUACUCACAGAGUUUUUUUUCAUUGGAUGCAGAGAGAUAUCCACUAAACUUGUUGUUUCCUCUGCCAGAGAGGCCUGUGUGCUUAAGUAAACUAUUCCAGCCAGGAAACAGUUUUUAUAAGUGUUUCUGUCCUCUGUCAACCUGGGAAGCUGGAAAUGAAUGUAAUGUGAGAAUAUCUGUACUGGAAAAAGCAGUGGCUGCGUGUUCUCAGAGGAUAUUUCUGCUGAUGCAAGAGAAUGAGAAUUACUCCAAAAAAGUCUGUAUCUUACAACAGGAGAAUGACAGAUAUGCCCAGAUGAUGUGUGCCCUGGAAGAGGAGAUGGAUGCAUAUUUUCAUUAUGUUUUAGCAGCAGAUGAAGCUAACAUUGUUUCAUUCCAAAACUUACUUAAUGAGAAAGAAGUUGCUGGUGGAUGUUAUAAUAAUUUAACAGAAGAAAGCACCAUGAACCCAGGAACAUUUUUUGUUGCAACUUUUUCUAAGAAUUUCUCAUACGUUGAAGAGAAAAACAGGAAUUCUGAAAAAGACUCAUGGACAAUUGCAUCAAAUAAACUUCACAGGAGAGUUCUAUCCCUGAAUGGAAGGAAAAUGAGGUGCUUCCAGCUGCUUUCUGACCUGAAAGAAGAAAGAAGCAGAUGCUUCAAAGAAAUGGCUAAAUUAUUACAAGACAAGGAGAACUAUGUCACAAAAUAUAAUGAAUUAAUACAAGAGAGAAAGAGAAAUUUACAGAGAAUAGCUCUUUCAGAAGGCGAAAAAGAAACUUUGUUGGAACAUUUGGCAGAGAUAAAGUGUGAGCAAGACAAAUACAGGACCUUAGUUUCAGAGCUCCAGGACUGCAAAACUAGCUAUUAUCAAACAAUUUCUGACUUACAGGAGGAAAAAUGUGUACUGCAAAGAGAGAUAGACAGAAUCAAGCAAGAAACUUCAGAACGGCUUGAUGAACUUCAGAAAGCAAAUGCAAACUUUAUUGUAGAAAAUAAAAACUUAAAAGAAUUAAUAUCUUCUUUGGGUUUCACCUAUGAAGAGCUGAGAAAAGAGAAAAGUUUAAGAACAAACAAGAAUAUAGUAAAACUAAAAGAAGAAAGUCAACAACCUGGUCUUAAGCCAAAGAAAGUUGAGACAAUAUGUAGUGUAACACAAAUUGAAGAACAGGGAGUUCUGGCUACAGAUCCUUCAGAUUAUUCCCCUGGGAAAAAGGGCAGCAUGUUUGAAAGCUACAGUAUGAUGAAAGAGCAAGUCAGAAAGGUGGAAGAGAAACUAAAAAUACAGCAAAAGGAAUUAGAAAAAUCAAAAAAAGAGGCUCAGAAGUGGUACAGAGAGCUUGGUUUUGCUGAAACAAGGUAUGAAGAAACCAAAACUCAUUUGAUGCAGGUUCUCUCAGAAUUAGACCACCUUAAGCAAGAAGUUGGGGACAAAAUGCAGGGAAAGCAGCACUGCAAAUUAAUGCCUGUGUACACAUUGAAGGAUGCCCAGGAAAAAGAAGUGAAUAAAAUAGCCAGUAAGAGAUUAGAGCAGCAAGUGUUGACCUUGAAAGCCCAGCUCAGGGACCAGGCUGCAGUACAAAAUCAGUUUCAUGACUUGCAGAAUGAAGUGGAACUCCUUCAGGCUCAGCUAUGUGAAAAGGAGAAAGAGCUGCAGAAGAGGAAGUCUGAAGUGAAGUUGACAUUAGCUCCUCUGAAGGCUAAGCUGGCUUGCCUCACCCAAAAGUGCCAGGAAAGGAACAGCUUCAUUAGGAGGAUGCAUGAUGAAUUCCACAGGCAAGGGUUUAUUAACUCUGCAUUUGAUGAAGAGAUGAAGAACCUGGUGAAUGACAAGACCCUGGCAGAGUACAUGGUUGCUUUUACACCAAUGUGUGAUCAAGUGAUUUCUGAAGAAGUCAGGAAAAGAAGGGACAACAGUGAAUAUUUUAAGACUUAAGUUGACUCAGUGGACAUUUUUAUUUGAAAGGGUGUUAGUCACUUCUGUUUCUCGGGCAAGGCAAAAGUGGGAAGAGAAGUUUCACACCUGGUUAUAUUCAAUAUUGUCAUUUUUAUCUUGGAUGCUGGGAAUAAACGUCCUAAUUUUGGAGUUACACCUACUUGAAGACUUUCUUAAGGACAGGAAUUUCAAUCUGGCAACCUGAAGAAACAGGAAUUCCCUUGAAGUACUUCAGUGUCCAUCAACAAGUCCUUUUCCCUGUUGAUUUCUGUUUCUUGUUUUUUUUUAAAGCUUGUAAAAGUAUCCAAACAAUAUUUGGUAGACUUUGUGUCAACUAUACUCAAGUAGAAUCUUUUUAGUUGAAAGUGGGGUAGGGGAGGAAAUACUGUGUGUUACACAUUUGUAUAAUAUUGUGUGCUUGUCACAACAGAACACAGAAUAUUGGUUCAUCUUGGUUCAUACUAUAUAUUGUACUUCAGCUGACACAAUGCACUGCAAAAUGAAUACAUAAAAGGAAUUUGUCUUAAUGACACUUGACAUUUUCACCAGCAGAAGAUGCUCAAAAUGGUUAUAUAGUAUAGUAAAUCCACAGGCUUGUUUUUCUGAUGAAAAACAUUUUUACACACUGAGUGGUAUUCUAUCAUGUUGAUAGUGCUUAUUCUUACAGUGUUAAUAAGUGUUGCAAGCUAUCACUCAGUCAUACUUGUUUUUGUGGCAGUUUAACUGCAUGUUAAGGAAAAGGUGGAUUGAUUCCUGGCUGCAGGAUGGGACAGGACUCUGUGUCUGGCUGUGUCUCCUUGAGUACCUCAAGUGUGGGUGCACCACUGCCUCACCCAAGCUCCCACUGCACAGGAUGUUUUAUGGAACUCAUCUGUCAGAAGGAAGAUAGUACUCCCCUGCCUUCAGACUUUCCUCAGACACUGCUGUGAUAGAUGAGCAUUAGUAAAGCUUGCCAACACAAUAAAUAUCAAAAUACUGUUCACACUCACACUGUCUCCCUAAAUGUCCAAUUAUCACAAAACUUAGCAGGUUCAACAAGAGAGAAUUAGAUUAAAUAUAUAUUCUGAUAGCCAGUGAACUUACCUGCAGCAUAGAGCUCCACAUGAAAUCCCCUGGUUUGACAGAUAUUUAGCUGUUCAUACUAAGUGGAGCACAAGCCCCUUCCAUGGUGUCUAGCACUGUAGUGGCCACAGUCUCACUUAGGCUCAGGCACAAAUAGGAUUCAAGCCUGGGGGUUUUUAUCCUGCAAAGAACAGACUGGCUCUUGCUGGGUGUCUUCACACUGAGCUGAAGACUCUUCUGGUCUGUGAUAAGUAGUUCCACGUAUAACAGGGGGAAACUUCCUAUCAAGGAAGAGUUGCAUGUUCUCAUGAAAAAUGUCUGUUUCUAUGCAUCAGGUUUCCAGUGGAAGACACUUCAAUGAAAAAAUGUCCAAGUUUCACUACUACUAAUUUAAUGAUGGUUACAAUAAAAAAAAUGUGACUGUUUCAUAUUCAUGUGAUACAUUCCUUUGGUUUAAAAGAUCUUGUACUGAAUUCUGUAGACACAUGUUUAAGUGAACUAACUUUUCAUUUUGGAAGUUUUAUUUCUUGCUUUCAACUGUUAUUCUCACUGGACUUCACAUCUAAGAUUCCAACAUCCAGUUACAUAAAAUUCCUUUGAAAACUCAUUCAUUCCUUCCCCUCAGUUUUUCACUCCUACAGCAUUCCUAACAUUAGAAUUCUAUUAUACAAAACCUGGUGGCUUGUUGGGUUUUUUUGGGUUUUUUUUCUUUUAUUUUCCUUCUUAAAUUAAAGAUUUGCAAUUGGCUUUAUUACUGGACCCAGUAGCAAGUGGAAGCCUGUCACACAUUGGCAGCAAACCUCUGUGCCGUGACUUACUGAUGAAUUUCAGCUCCAAGUUUGCAGUGAUGCAUGAAGAACUGAUCCAGAGCCUUCUGAAGGGAAAGGGGACUCUACUCAAUUCAGUGCCUGGCCUUUUACUUCCAUAAAACACGCUGGGUCAUGUUCUCAGAGAAGAAAAUGGGUUCAUAUUCCUAUUAAGAACCCUUUUUUUUUUUUUUCUUUUUGAUCUGUACAUGAAAUUACAAGUAGAGGGAAUAGAGCUGCUUCAGCUGGGUGCUGGGAUGCCCCAGCUUCAGAGGGGCACUUGUGGGCACCACCAAGCUACUCGUGCUCACAGACCAAGGCAAACUUCAGUUCUUUGCUAUUCAGGACACAAUGGAUGAUUGGUCAUUUCCUUCUGUUUGACAGUAUUUUCUUCCUAAUUUUCAUCCCAAUUAAAAUACUAAACCACAAAGAUGAUGUUAUGCAAAACCCACUGUCUUUGGAGCUUCUCUUCAGACUUUAUUUUCAGCGUUCAAGGCUCUGCUCUCGGACCUGAUAAAUCCCUGUUGUCCCUGUGGCUUUAUUUUGCUAACUCAAGACUUCCAUCAGUUGAGUUCAGCAGAGCAGCAUACAUUUUAGGGCUUGUCAUUAUUGAUUAUUUUCACAGCCCAGCGUUACAUUCAAAUGUUUGUGAGUGAAAAAUAAAAUGUGCUUGAAUCAUGUAGUAUGUCAUAAUUUUGUUCUACCAGUGCACUCUUCAGUGAGGUCAGAUAUAUGCUAGAGUAUUAUGUGCAUAAAAAAAAGCCAGUUUUCCUUCUCUUAAUAAGUCCCUGUAAAGAGUACUAGGUUUUGAAUUACUUUUCCUCAUGAUAAAACUACACCAUGAAGGUCUUUAUUUGUAAUUUAGUUUAAUUGAGCAAUUUAGUAUAAUUUAAUUUAAUUUUAGUGGGUUUUAUCAUCAUAAACAUAUAUGGUUGCACAGAAGGGGUUUUAUUUCAAUUCUUUUUCAUCCACCACCCAUGCCACUUCGGUGAAAGCAAAAAUUCUGUGCAGGUUGGUGAAUAAAUGCUGCCUCUCAGUUUUAAAAAAAGUUAUCUUUCAUGCAAGCAUUGGAAUGACAGUGUAUGUCUAAUAUGAAUUUGAAGUUUUUGGAGGCACGAAGAAGUUUAUUUCUAAGGCUUUGUGAUAUAUUCUCUUUUUAAAAGACUUUAGAAACCAUUAAAGCCCAUUGGAGUGGAGCGAUAAUAAAUUUUGGCAAUAGAAAUAUUUUAAAACCUUGUCUUGUUUUGUGUCUGGAAAACAAAAAGCAUGUGGCUGAAGAGGACACAUUCCUGGGACAAGGGCUGCCUCCAGCGGGUGCACGUGGCACUCGGCACAGUGCCACAGCUGGGAUUCACAUGCCCAAUGUCAGACACAAAAUGUGUGUCCACGUUUGGCCUUUUGUCAUGUCCCAUUUUAAUCACCUCCUUUUGAAUGCUGAAUUUAUUUUUUUUUUUAAUUGGAAGGACCUUGGCCUCGUCUUUCUUUUCUUGCUUUUGUGGAAUUAAUUUGUGGACAUUAUUAACAGUUAUUGUUUUUCUGCCUUUCCCAGUGAAAAGAACACAGGACAGCAUUCAUCAUCUGAUUCUGGACAUUCAUGUUCACAAAACAUUUAACAAUAAAGGUCUGGGACUUGGCUUUGCAACAGCUGCUUUACUUGGGAUGGUUAAAGUGGGAAGCAAGAGGAGAUGUUCCAGAUGAGUAAUAGGACAUGUGAAAGAGGAGGCUCAAUUUUUUCCUGAGUUUAGGUGUCUGCUUACAGUUUAAGGGUCAGGAUUUACCCAGGAUUUACCCAGGAUUUACCCUGGCUGGCUUGAGCAUGAGGCAGUGUCCAUGCUGCUUUUGAUGGAUCAGAGAACCACACAGAGAGCAAGUGAGCUUGGCUCCCCUUCCACAUGGACUCAGCCCAGCCAGUACACUUGUGCAAUAUUUUGGGCCUUUUCUCUCUCUUUUGGGCUAGGUGUGGAGAAAAAGGAGUAUGUUUAAUUCUUUCCUUCAAAUGAUUGAGCAAACAGCCUCUGUCUGGAUGUCUGUAAUGGAAAAUGCUGCUCAUCCAAUUUCUCCUGUGCUGGAACACUUUGACCUGAUGAUAUAUUUUAUAUAUUCUUUCCGUAAUGGAUCUGAAACCAUUGUGGCUGUUUGCCCUCAUUUCUUGGGGCUGAAAGGGAAUUUGUGUAAGGAAUGUAAAGAUAAAUGGUAGUGCUUUUUAAUGCUUUUCAUGCAGUCAUCUCAAACCUUAUGGAUGGAAAGCUCCAGGCAAGGAAUGUGUCCAGUGCAGUGAAUUGUUUUACAGAAUAGGGAUUAAAUGCUCAGAACAGCAUAGCUUAAUUUUCUUUCUGUCAGGGGAUUUCUUCUGAGAUAUGUUUUUGUAGAACAAUGCUUUUUGUUUGUUUAUUGGUUUGUAUUUCUACUCAUUACUUUGCAAGUUUCCAGUGAACUGUGUUUGAAGAUAAUAGGUCUGAAAUAAAAUUCUCUGAUGCUUGCUUUGAAAUGGUUUGUGUGUGGCUCUUAAGGUCAGAGGCUUUUCUGGCACUGAGGGUGAGAUACAUUUCCUAUAUGAUGUCUGUACUUCUGACAGUCAUCUGUGGUAGUUUAUCUAUUUAUUUUCAUAGUUAAAGCAGAGAAAAAUAUACUUCCAAGGAAUUACCCUGCCCAUUUUAUGUACCUGCUUUAGGUAAGUGCAGAUGACUGAGCACUGACAGGCUGCCCAGAGAGGGAGUGGAGUCUCCAUCACUGGGGAUCUUCAAGAACCAUCUGGACACAACCCUGUGCCAUGUGCUCUGGGAUGGCCCUUCUUGAGCAGAGAGGGUGGAGCAGAUGACCCAGUGUGGACCCUUCCAGCCUGACCCAUCCUGGGAUUCUGUGAUAAAGUGGGAAGAGCUAUAAAAGUUGGACUCCAGUGGUUGUCAAGGGGGCCAGGGGGAGAUACACUUUGGUUUGAUGAGUCCCACCCUCAGAAGGGAGAGUUUAACUUUGGGCUUUCAGUCUUUUUGGGACAAGGCUGAUCAAGAGCAAGGAAUCUUUCAAGAUGAAGGUUUAUUUGCAGGAAAAGGCAUUUUUACCUGACAUUACAAAAAACAUGCCUUGAAUGAUUGGAAUUGCAAGCGGAUGAAGGAGUGGAAUUAGUUUUUUAGUAAUAUUUUUAAGGAAGGGUGGACUCCAUUGCUGAGAGAUAUGUUAUUUUUUACCUUUAGAGAAAUUAUUAAAAAUACUGAGAGACAUGAAAUACAGAUUUUGAAAAGGCAGUGGCAACCUGGCCUUUCAAAUGAAAUACUUGAUAAAGCUGUUCAAUAAUUAUGUAAGUGGUUGUUUGGAUAGAGGGAAUCUCAAGAAUUUGUGCUGGCUGAGGAGAAGCUUCUUACUCAAGGUUAGAGCCCUUUGAAAGUAAAAUUAGGUUUAGAUGACAAGAUUUAGAUCUAUUUCCUGGCUGCAUAGUACAGGUAUUUUAGCAGUGGUUUUUGCUGUAGUUCAUGGGGAAGAGCAUGUGGUUCUCUAGAGCAGCACAUGCCAGUAGAGGGAUAGCCAUGACUAAAAAAAAAGAAAAGCUUUAAAAAAGAACCUUCCUUUAUUUUCUGAUAAAUGAUAGGAUUUUGAUUAACAUAAAAUGUAUAAUUAAAAAUAUGCAGAUAGAUUAAAACACUUUUAUCUUCUCUCUGACACCACUGUCUUACUUUUUUGUAGUGUUGGGGGAAGCUGGUAUGUUUUUUGUUUCAAUAGCAAUCCUUCCUAGAACUUGGCAUUAUGCAAGUUUAUACUCUUCUCAGUUUGGUAAAAUAUCACAAUAUUUUCAUUUUUUCCUAGGUGGGAUAAUUUGUGGAAAAUUGAGAAGAAAGCAAAAAAAAAUAAUAGGAAAACAGAAUAAAUAUAGUAAAAAUAAUAAUAAUAAAAAAGAAGCAACCUGGAAAAGAACAAGUUAAUGUCUGGGUAUUGAGACAAAACACAGAAUUUUUGCUGAGCUGCAUCCUUAGUGCUGUAGGAGAUGAAAUCUUUAGUGCUAGUCUUAUAAUAGACCAGAGAUGAGUCUUUUGAGAAUCAUACCAACUUUCAAAUAUAGUGCAGACAAAACUGUGAAAUCUUUGUCAGGGUAGUAGCAUCUUCACUCACUGGGGUUUGCAUUAACCCUGCUUUCUGCUGAGUGUCACUACUUUGGCUGCAGAAGAAUUUGCUAAUUCCAAGAGGCAAAAGGGUUUGUGGGGUAAAGAGCUGAAGGAAAGGAAUGGCCCUGCACGGAGGUUAUUUUUCUAGAAAUUACUUGAGCCAGUGUCACAGCUUUGAUUUGGUGGUGUGUUUAUUUCUGGCAGCUUUACCAGCUCCUCUGCCUAUGAGCAGGACCAUGAUUUGCCUUUGCAUGGGUCACUGAGCUCCAGAACUUGUUCUGCUCCUGCUCAUUCUCAUCUAUCACCACAAAUGCCUCUAACUGUGCUUCCUGUAGUGAGGAAAUUCUCAUCAAAUAUUUUUAGAUCUGAUAUCUUCAUGCCUCAAAACAUUUCAGGGCUGACCCUUUAUUGCUUUAAGCCAGCUGACAUUUUUUGUGAGUGAUGGGGAGAGAUACUGCACUUUUAACCUUGGUUAGAAACCAAGGACUUCAGGAGCUGCCUUGGGCUCCUGUGUUUAGAGGGGAACACCCAAAUGUAAAGCUUUCACUUUCCAGCUGAUCUAUGCCUGCAAUGCUAAGAUAUGUUUGGGUAUUCAUGCCACCUUGUCUAAAUAAUGCAAUAUCCACAUGGCAUCACAGGGCCCCUCUGUAAUCAGCACAGAGAAAGCAAACCUUUUAGGGAAGAGCAGCAAUCUAAAUUCUGUGCCCCAAACUGACCAAAGUGAGUGGUCCUUCCAUUCCUGGAUGUGCCUGCCUUGUUCCCUGGCCUGUUGUUCAGCCUGAAAUCAAGGAUCCAGGUGGAAGCUGCUGUUGCUGGGCAGUGUCUCAGCUGGCCACACAUGCUUGUAUUGGGCACUUUAAGGAGACCAAUGGCCACAAUUCAUCACAACUGGUUCCUUCUGCUUGUAGUGGGGAGCCAAGAACAGGAGGUGAAAUGGCAACAUCACAAACACCAUUCUGUUCUUCUUCAUGUCAUAACAGAACUAUAUUUAGAUGCAGGAGCUUGUCAAUAAAUGCUCAUCUUUCUGUUGAGUCAUUUCAGGGCAAGCUUACACUGCCAUUGCAUUUCAGAGUCCUUUGAUUUUUCUUUUUUUUAAUGGACACAAGUGAUGUAGCUAAAACUCAAUAAAGAUGCACAGAGCAAAAGCAAUAUAUUAUUUUAAAUAAAAUGUGUUUUCUUUUAAGUAAUUUUUCCUUACCUGCCAUAUAUAUGUAUCUGCAUUUCUGGAACUUUUGCAAAAGGACUAAUGGCAAUGAGAUGUUAAUGCAUAAUGAGGCGUAUUAGUUAUAGAAAAAAAAUAAAUAAGUCCUCAAAAACUGAAAGGCUGAAAUGGCAAGUCUUGCAAUCUCAAGAAAAAAUGCAACAGUGAUCUGGUAGGUAUAAUAAAUUUGGUAUAGUAAAUUUGGUUUUGAAUGAUAAAAUGCCUUGUAGUAGUCAUUUGUAUUCUGGGACAUCUGCUUGCAACUGUUAUGAAAAUGUGCAUAAUUAAACUGCCAUUUCUCUCUUAAAUUUGUCUGCAGCUCAGUGAAGAUGUUCUAAAAGGAUAGUUUGCUCUGGUGUUAAAGUUGAUUUGGAUGUGAAAUAAGAUCAACUCAAUGUUUUUUUGUUUUGAAUAGGAGGGUCUGGAUAAGAGUUCAU